GCUGAGGGAAAAUAAGAAACAAGCCCGUUUUGGGAGAAGGACGAACCAGCGGCGGCGGCUGGAUUCUGGCAAGAAGGCUGCAGGUGGACUAUUGAUACGAAGCAUGGAUGACACAGAAGAGGACUACAUGUCUGAUUCCUUCAUUAAUGUUAACCAGGACACCAGGCCAGGCAUGCCAAUGUUGAGGCGGGUGAAGGAAACAUUUAAAAAAGAAGAAAAACAAAAAGAAGCCAACGAGAGAAGUCGGCAAAAGAGUAUAAAAGAGCAGGAGAAAGAGCAGCGUGAGACAGUCUUAAACAUUGCUUUGGGAAAUGAAAACAAAGGCUUUGCUAUGCUUCAAAAGAUGGGAUACAAAAGUGGCCAGCCUCUUGGCAAGAGUGGGAAGGGGAUCGUCGAGCCCAUUCCUCUGAACAUUACCACAGGUAGAAGUGGGCUUGGCCAUGAAGAAGUCAAAAAACGGAAAGCUGAAGAAAACCUGGAAUUCUACAGGAAAAAAAUGCAUAUGAAAAAGCAGGCCGAGAAGCAGACAGCUGACCUCUUCAAAUUGAGAUUGAAGACCAAACAAGAGCAACUACAAGUAAAACGGGAUCUUGAGAAAAGUCAGAAAGCCUGUCAACAGUUAGAUAUGCAGAAAGGCCUCCAACACCCCAAAGAAAUUUGGUACUGGUUAAGACCAGAGAGUGAAAAAGAAGAAGAUGCGGAGGAAGAGGAGGAGGAGAAGGAGGAAGAGGAAGAUGAACACAGACAUAACAUCAUCCCAUUGGCUACAUGUGAUCUGGAUCUUAUUUCCAGAAGUCAUUUCCAAAAGAUGGCUACAGAAAAGGAAUCAGAAGAGUUACAAAUUUUGACUGCAUAUUUAAGAGAAGAACAUCUCUAUUGCAUUUGGUGUGGAACAACCUAUGAAGAUCAAGAGGAUAUAUCUUCAAACUGCCCUGGAGACACUUUUGCAGAUCAUGAAUAAUUUUCUUUAAGUAGCAAAAUGGUAUCGUAAAUCCGACCUAGAAUAAAGAUAUGGACUGAUUUAGAGGACUGCAUAUUUUUUUAGGGUUAUGUAUUUUGUGGGACGUUUUGUAUAUUAAAAUGGAAAGGCCUACUGAACUCCUGCUCAUUUGGAAGAAUGGAUAUAAACUGGCUCAGCUGUACACACUAAGAAUUCUUUGUCUAGGAGCUGUUGUAAUCAGUCGGCCGUUACCUGUGCAUGUUAUGCAUUCUCCUUUUUCAAACACUCCUUUUUCAACAAAAACAGACAGGAUUGGAAAGUGGGACAAUAGAUCUGAACCUGUAUUUUCAGAGGACAAGUAUGUAUGUAUCGGUUGUAUCCAAUGUUAGUCCUACUUAAUGUAGACCCAUUGAAAUGCAUGGGACAUAAGUUAGUCAUGACUAAUUUGUCCUAUUCAUUUCAAUGCAUCGACUCUAAGUAGGUCUAACAUUGGAUACAACCCGUAUAUUAUAAUUUUUUGAAAGAUAAACACAGAGGGCAGUAUGCAACACUGCCUGUGUGCUAGUGGGACUGACUACUAGAACAAUGGCAAGCUAGCAAUUCCUUAAACAAACGAAAGGGAGCGAACUGCUCAUUUCUGGAAUGAGCAGGUCAGUAGAGCGUGUAGAACAGACCUGUCCCAUUCUUCCAAGUAUUUUGGGGGUUGUUUUAUGAAACUCUAGCUUCCAGUAGCACUAGCGGUGAGUCCCACAGGCACAAUAGAAAUGGAGGUGCAGUAGCAAUAUAGGAUAUUGCCCAUAGAAAUGGGACAUUCAGGUUGACAUCAUUCCGAGUAAGUUCUUUUGAACUUGGUGGAAUGUUCUUCAGAGUAAGCAUGCUGAUUAAGCAUUUUCUGUUGUCCAAACUGACCAUUAUUGACAUAUAGGUGUUUUAUGCUGUUCGUCUAACAAUUCGUUAAUGGCUUAAAGCAGUUUUUUUAAUGUUUAAUCCUCUAGUUAUGUUUCGUAUCAAUAACCAUGUAGAUAUCAAAAUUACUCAUAUUUAUAAAAACAUUUUUUUUUUAAUUGGAAAUCCAGUCUGAAUUCCCUGUUCCGGGGCUGUUUGCUGUGAUGUUCAAACAUAGCACUCUGGAUUUUAGAGGGAGAAACAACCCAGAUUGUUUAGCUGAGUAAAAUCUAGCAAACUCUCAGGAGGUGACAUGCUUGCUCACUCAUAUGUGGUCACAACAUUAGGGUGAGAAGGAAAGAAAGAAAAUCUAAAAUGUAUAGUUAAACUUGAAAAACACCUUGAAAUCAGAAAACUAUUAUUGGAGACUGUGCUGUGUGAUGCAAUAGUAAAGUUAAGCAGGUGUUAAAACCCUCAUCCACAGAGACGCAAGAGUGCUUUAAAGUAUUCAAGUCUGGCUAGAACAUGUGAGGUCAUCUGGAAUGAUAAAUAAGUUUGGGAUGUACUAAUGAAAGCAGAAGCAGAGUACCCAGGACUAAUGUAUAUAUAAAGUUAAUAAACCCUGGAUGUCUCUUCA